GCAGGAGGACGCGCCUUCCCACCAGAAAAGAAGGAGUUGAACAAAGAAAGUUUGCCGAGCGGUCGCAACAAAGCUCUAGGAACCUUCCCCUUCUCGCCCGGCUCCCCCUGAGUGUCGCUGGCGGCUGGGCAGCUCCCGGGGGAAGGCGGGCAGGCAGGCGGGCGAGGGGCGCGAGAAUGGCGGGGGGAGGCGAGAGAGGCGGCGGCGCGGGGCUGCCGGAGAGCCGGGAGCAUCUGUUCAAGGUGCUGGUUAUCGGCGAGCUGGGCGUGGGCAAGACGAGCAUCAUCAAGCGCUACGUGCACCAGCUCUUCUCGCAGCACUACCGGGCCACCAUCGGCGUGGACUUCGCCCUGAAAGUGCUCAACUGGGAUAGCAGGACCCUGGUGAGGCUGCAGCUGUGGGACAUCGCAGGUGAGGAGGCGACAGGCGGGCGAUGCCGGCUCUUGUAUGGAAAAGGCGCUCUGCAUGUGCUCGGAGGCCAUCCCUCGUUAUGCGGGCUUUAUGCGGGCUUGAGUAGAAGCUUGCUUUUGGUUUUGCUUACUUGGAUGGAAAGUCAGUGUGAUGUAGUGGAGAGAGGGCCGGGCUUCUCCGGGGAAGAUGCAAGUUCGUAUUCCUGCUCACGGGGUGUAUCUAGGUCAGCCAGUUUCUGUUUCGGCCUUAACUCGCCUUAUAGGAUGGGCAUGAUCAGUAGGGUAAGUAGAAUUCAUAUAUGCCACUCAGAGCUGCUUGGAGGGGGGUUACCCCAAUGGGUCUGCCAUUAUUUACUUGUUGGGGAGGGGGAAGAGCCACUUUCUGCCUUUCAAGUUUCUAAAUGCAUAUGUUUGUGUUAUGUGGAGAUAGUUUGAUAAAGUUUUUCAUGUAUGUAUCUUACCUAUGCUUUUCCAUGCACACAAGUUGUAGUCUUUUGUAUAUACCCACAUGCAAGCAGAGGUACUAAGCCUUAAUGUGUAAAGUAUGUAUAUGUGUAAACUUUUAAAACAUGGGCAUAGGUUAAAGGUCUGAAUGUGUGACAGCUGUGGAGGUUGUGGGGCUUCGAAGAUGUUGCUACUCUUGUGUUGCAUUCUCGAGUUUCCAGAAGUUAUCAGUAUCAGCUUAACUAAAAUAUUUCUAAGUAUACUUUUUACAUUAUUCCAGACUUCUGGUGAAGUGUGUUAAAAACUCUGGAUUUUGGAAAUGAGUGUUAUUCUUUAUGAUUUAUGGCAGUUGCUGUGUUGUUCAAUAAAAGGUGUUACUUCUUGUUUUAGACAAACUUCUAGUAACUGUAAGUUGCAGGGAGCUUUUGGUGUGGCAUUUUCUUCAGUUGCUUCACUACAAGGAUGUAGUCUUGAAAGGGAAGUCUUCCCAGUUUUGCAAAAUUCGUUGUAAUAGUCUCUUCGGUUCCUCUUUUCCUUUGCUAGCUCCCACUUUGCUCUACCUUUUAAGACUACAAACUGUUUUAUAUAGCAGUGGAAUGCAAGAAGGAUUUCUUUUUCAUCUGCCAAGUUGACAACCUUCCAGUUAUGGGAUCAGCAUUCUCUUCCUAGUACCCGCUCCCUCUCCACAACUGAGUCCAGCAACUAUUUAUCAUAGAGUGGGUCAGUUAGGGCGAAAGCUACUAUAACUGCAAUCCACCCCACUCUUAAUUUAAAGAAGUAAUGUGAUUACUGCAAACCUUUUGCUCUUCUGUCCUUUUAGUUGGUUGAAUUGAUGUGAUCAGCUUUGAAUUGGGGGUGAUGCAUAGGCCGAUUUGCAAUGACAUAUUUGGAUAGGCCAGAUUGCAUGCAGCGGCAUUUGAGUUUUGCAAGUGUACUUUAACCUGGGUGGCAUCAGGCAAGUUGCUCACCUUCAAAUACUAGCCUGUAAAAGUGAAUCAUAAUGACUAACCUAAUAAGGUUGCUAGGACUGUAAAGCAGCCUUUAUAUAAACGUACUGUUAAAAACUCCAUUCUGAUAGUUGAUUAAAAAUGAAGGCUGGUCACUUCUCUUUUGAACAUUUGUGUUACCAAAGCAGCCACUAAUAUGGGGAGUAUUUAUAUUGGUGUGAUUUUUCCAAAUCCGCUGGUAGCCUAGAAAUGGUUCUUGUUACAUAUACUUACAUUUACACAACCAGUACAAUUUAACAGUGCUAACAAGCACCACCUGUAAUUUCUCUGUUGUUGUUAGUGCCUAAUUUGGGGGCGGGAUGGGGGAGUGGGUCUGAUGAUUGAUCUCAGAGUCAUUUGUAAUAGCUCAGCAAAGGUUUCUGACACCUAGUUGUUAAAGAGCAGCAGUAAAAUGACUUUCCCAGCUAAAUUAGGCUGUUGAAUGAAACAAGCAAAUCAGGAAUGGAUUUUUGUGUGAAAGAACUAUGAACUUGGUACAGUUUGGCAUGGAAAAAGAAUUCCUGGACUCAGAAUAUGCUCUGAGGGAACUUGUUGAUUAAUUUUAACAGUAUGUCCUUUGCAUCUGAUUCUGAUGGGUAGGUCUUUGUGUUCUUCUAGUAAACAAAAGUACGUCCGACAAGCCUGCCCACCCCAGGUGUAAUGGUUGAAAAAAUAGAACACCAGUGUUCAGUAACAUAUAUAUGAGUCUCAACUGACAGCCAAACUGUUGCAAAUGUUUGUUUCAGAUGCUGGGUUUCAUCGAGUUCUAUUGAAAUUAUCUUUUCAAGAUGAGGUUGCAGAUUGAUGUACUGAUCUGUAGAUAUUGGGUGUUUUUGAUGUAGUCUUUUAUUUUUAUUUCUCUUAAGGCUGUUCUACAACAAUAAAUCUAAAUAGUGUUUAUUGUUUUCCUCAAUAGAACAACAGAAAAUGACAACCUGUUGGCAGUACUAAUGAGACUGAUGGUAAAGGACUAAGUUUCAGAUAUUCCACAUCCCAACCUUUUUCCCAGACAGCAUCAGAGAUGGGAAUAGGCAUGACAGGGACAGAGAUAAAUGAAGAUAUCCUAUAACUGCCUUCAUUCAGCACUCGGCGUAACUUAUGCCAGCAGAGUCACUGGUGUAACUGAAAUGCACCACAUAGGAGUCAGUGGAAGGGAAGCUAGUGAAGGUUUGUGCAGGCCCCCCACCCACCGCAGAAAAAACAAAGCAAAAACAUGGCCAGAAGCAGUUAGAAUGUGGCUUAUGUCGCACCAGAGAUACACGGGCAUAUCUUCCUGGUUAGAAUUCCGUUGUGACUGUUGUAUUUUCAUCACAUCAGGAUGAGAGAAUUGGCUAGUUUAAGUCUCUUGUCCAGUUAGUUCUGAAGCACAGUGUGUGAAGAACCAAAUUCUGGUCUCCAAAGCUUUGUGUUACUUAAUGGUCUGAUCUUUCUGUGGUCUGGCACCUUUCAGUUUUCAGCUAAUCAGUGCCAUGAAAUGUACUUGUAAUUGGUUGCGCUUCAUAAGUUAAUGAAGUGCAAGUCAGUAGAGCGAAACAUAACAAUGCAGAGAAUGCAACCUACCUGGCAAGGAGCCCGCUGAACCAAUGUGUUCCUUUUGUCAGUCCCCUAGAUGUUUUGAAGUGUGUCCAAAACAAUUUUGCACUGCACUUUCUACAGAAGUGGUUACCCCAAUAACAGAACAAUAUAAACAUUGCAAGAUACAAACACAGCGAUCACGUGAAGUACUGAAACCAUACGUUCUUGGAGAAACUGCCAAAAUGGAAAAAGCUGAAGUUUUACUAAAGUGGCUGUGUAAAUUCUGAUUAUUCCUUUUAUGAGCAGACAGUCUUCCACACAGCAGUAGAAACUCAUAUAUAUGUAAACUAGGCACAAAAUGGCUCCUCAAACCAGGGUCACAGUCACCAAAAUGGAAUGCCUUGUUCCAUUUUUGGGCCAGACAGGUCGGAAGUAGUAUUUUUCAAUCGAUUUUUUGGUUCCUGAAAUUCAUUCUGAUUGUAGAUGAAAUAUAAUGGAUAGAAUUCUACAGGAUGUGUUGCUAGUGCAAAGAUCCCCAGGCAUGUACCUCCAGAUGGUGGAGACAUCAGGUGCCAUCUGUUGCCAAGAAGUGGUCAAUAGCCAGGUGCAAAAUGUGCCUGGCAACCUUCAAACUCUGCUUCCAUGCAAGCAAGUCUCCCUGUCUGCCCAUAGAAAGCUUCAAGCCGUUCAACCUAUUUGUACUUGCAAGAUGCCAUUCAAAAUCUUGUGACAUACAGCCAUUACUAAUGUAACUUAAUUUCAAGUGGAUUUAUUGUUACAUGCUGAAUUUUAAGGCCAGGAAAUAUGUGUGCCCAAAUUAGGUUACUGAGGCAUCUGAGUUGAUGAUUGCAACCAGGGAAGCUAAAGCACACAUGUCCGACAAGAGCCACUCUGACCCUAGAGCUGAUUAUCUUCUGAGAGAAACAAGUAGGAUCUACAACAAAAUAUUGACAUUAUGGACUGCUCUACUUCUAUUUUCCUGCCAAUGCUUUCUUACAGGAUACUCCAAUCCAUUAGUAAAGAGACCCCUGACCAUUAGGUCCAGUCGUGACCGACUCUGGGGUUGCGGCACUCAUCUUGCUCUAUAGGCCAAGGGAGCCGGCGUACAGCUUCCAGGUCAUGUGGCCAGCAUGACUAAGCCGCUUCUGGCAAACCAGAGCAGCACACGGAAAUGCCAUUUACCUUCCCGCCAGAGCAGUACCUAUUUAUCUACUUGCGCUUUGACAUGCUUUCGAACUGCUAGGUUGGCAGGAGCAGGGACCGAGCAACGGGAGCUCACCCCAUCGUGGGGAUUCAAACCGCCAACCUUCUGAUCGGCAAGUCCUAGGCUCUGUGGUUUAACCCACAGCGCCACCCGCGUAUUAGCACACUAAUGCAAAACUUGGAGUUGCUUAAACAUACUGAUGUUCCCUCUUUUCCCCCUCACUGACUGCACUUGAACUCCUGUUGAUGCUUCCCAGCUGAGUUUGCUAUAAGAGGAAAUAAUGGAGGUUAGAAGUAGAGGUUCCAAGAAUAUUGGGGGGGGGGGUGAAUGUUGUGUGUCCCCUGCAAUGGGGCAAGCCCUUAACUAGGCUCUAAUCUUGGUACAUUCUAAUGUCAGUGUGUGUAUGUGCAUUACAAAACCUCAUGCUAGCACAAGUUGCCCAGGAUUUCCUAGUUUACUAUUCCAGCAUAAUUUACAUUGCCAUCCGUUUAAAAUUGGGAACGAAGUUUUCUAUGGGCUCUUAUUUCAAUGUUUGUUGAUUUCAACAACUUUGUUUUUGUUUUUCAUGAUAGUCGGCAGGACCCAACUCUUUUAAAUGUUAAAUCAUGAGGGGUUUGGGGUGGGAAGGUGAGGAAAGCAUUUAGAAGCAAAUUCUAUUAAAUUCAGUGUGACUUUCAGUGUAAUCCUCAACAUGACUACUCAAAAGCAAGCUCAGAUCAACUCAGUGGGGUUUACUUCCAGGUAACAAAUUAUAGGAUUAUGGCAGUGAUGGCCAAACUUGGCCCUCAAGCUGUUUGGGGACUACAAUUCCCAUCAUCUCUGACCACUGGUCCUGUUAGCUAGAGAUGAUGGGAGUUGCAGUCCCAAAACAACUGGAGGGCCAAGUUUGGACAUCACUGCCAUAAUCCCAUUGCAGGGGACGCAUACUUGUAAAGGAAAUGGUGUGGUGAUGCAUACAACCAGCAGAGCGUCUGGGUGCAGAGACCCCUGCAGGGAAAGAGACUGUUCUGUGGCAAGAGAACUAAUAGUGUGAGCAGUACAGUGGUGCCUCGCAAGACGAAAUUAAUUCGUUCCACGAGUUUUGUCCUCUUGCGAUUUUUUUCGUCUUGCGAAGCACGGUGUCGGGAAAGUUUUGGAAAAGCUUCAAAAACCACCAAAGUCUUUAAAAACCUCAAAAAAGGCUACCACACCGCGUUCUAUGAGUUGCUCCUCGAAGUCAAGUCACAACUGUAUUAACGGUGUUAAGAAAAAGGAAACAAACUUGCAAGACGUUUCCGUCAUGCGAAGCAAGCCCAUAGGGAAAAUCGUCUUGCGAAGCAGCUCAAAAAACAAAAAACCCUUUCGUCUAGCGAGUUUUUUGUCUUGCGAGGCAUUCGUCUUGCGAGGUACCACUGUAAUGAAGAGCAGGCAGGCUGUGAGAAAGUUAUAGUAGGGAUAUGAGGCUGCUGCUCAACUGUUUGCUAGGCUGAAUAUGUGGUGCUUGGAAGUUGCCUCUCCAAGGAGAGUAUCCACCUUAGGCUAAUGAGAAGUGGUUGAGCAGCUAACAGGAGUGUUUGAGCAACAGAGUUUUUAAAAAUAAAAAGUACAUGGCAGUAGACUUCUCUUAACUUGAUGAAGAUAAAUGAGACUCUAUUUUAUUUUACAGUAGUCUCAAAUUAAAAAUCUUCUUUUUCACUUGAAGAAUUCAAAAGGAACAAAGCACCACAAUGAUAAUCUCUUAACCAUUCCUCUGACAACUCACCUAAAAGAAUUGUAGGCUGCAGAUGUGUGUCUAUUCGGCAGAAAGUGAGGAGGAAUUAAAGAACCUUUUAAUGAGGGUGAAAGAGGAGAGCGCAAAAUAUGGUCUGAAGCUCAACAUCAAAAAAAUGAAGAUCAUGGCCACUGGUCCCAACACCUCCUGGCAAAUAGAAGGGGAAGAAAUGGAGGUAGUGAGAGAUUUUACUUUCUUGGGCUCCAUGAUCACUGCAGAUGGUGACAGCAGUCACGAAAUUAAAAGACGCCUGCUCCUUGGGAGAAAGCUAUGGUUUUCCCAGUAGUGAUGUAUGGAAGUGAGAGCUGGACCAUAAAGAAGGCUGAUCGCCGAAGAAUUGAUGCUUUUGAAUUAUGGUGCUGGAGGAGACUCUUGAGAGUCCCAUGGACUGAAAGAAGAUCAAACGUAUCCAUUCUUAAGGAAAUCGGCCCUGAGUGCUCACUGGAAGGACAGAUCGUGAAGCUGAGGCUCCAAUACUUUGGCCACCUCAUGAGAAGAGAAGACUCCCUGGAAAAGACCCUGAUGUUGGGAAAGAUGGAGGCCACAAGGAGAAGGGGACGACAGAGGACGAGAUGGUUGGACGGUGUUCUCGAAGCUACAAACAUGAGUCUGACCAAACUGCGGGAGGCAGUGGAAGACAGGAGUGCCUGGCGUGCUCUGGUCCAUGGGGUCACGAAGAGUCGGACACGACUAAAUGACUAAACAGCUACCAAAUGAAUGUUUCGCAGCAGUAAAUAUGUUCAAUAUUUGGGGUGCAUGCAGAUAGUAAAUGGAAGGGUCACAAUGUUCCUACAGAUGAGUUCCAGUUGUCAGAUGCAUUCAUAAACUAAACGUGCAAGUUCUUAGUAAAGCUUGCCCUUUAGAAAAAGGGAGUGACGGUCCAGAGUGAGCAUGUGAUAGUCAUUCUCUUUAAUUUUUCAUAUUGUCUGUCUUUGUAGUAUUGAUGUGUGGCGACAGGCAAAAUAAUUCUAGGCUUGUUUUGUUUUUUAAAAUGAAAUGUGGGUAUUUGAAGCAAAUAGGAAAAUGACUCAUCUACAUAAAAUCAAGCUUAAAAUCAAUCAAAGUUGGUAUUUAUAUCAUGUAUAAAAACAAACUGUAUUUUCAAAUGGAAAUGCGUGGCUAACUGGGGGUAGAGAAUUUAAUUGCAGGAAUCAAGAGUCAGUUGAGACUGUUUCAGUAGACAUAUGAUGGCUGCUGGUGGUGUAUAAGACUUGGUACAUACUUCCAUGCCUUUUCUUUUUAGAGCUUUGGUGGGCGCAAGUGCUGCCCGCAAGUAAUUUUUUUGUAGCCACCCUUUGGUUGGCUGUGAGUCUGCCUCUCAAUCCAAAGCCCUUUCUGAAUGGGCUGACUGGGAAUCCAGGGAUGGUCCAGCUGAAGUGGGGAAAGGAAUACGAAGGCUACCUCGUCUACGUUGAUGGCUACAAGAACAUGCAGCUUGCAAAUACAAAAGAAUAUACUGAUGGUGCAUUAUCUGGACACCUUGGUGAAGUUCUGAUAAGGUGCAACAAUGUCCUUUAUAAUACAGUGGUACCUCGGGUUACAUACGCUUCAGGUUACAGACUCCGCUAACCCAGAAAUAGUACCUCGGGUUAAGAACUUUGCUUCAGGAUGAGAACAAAAAUCAUGCUCCGGCAGCGUGGCGGCAGUGGGAGGCCCCAUUAGCUAAAGUGGUGCUUCAGGUUAAGAACAGUUUCAGGUUAAGAACGGACCUCCGGAACAAAUUAAGUACUUAACCCGAGGUACCACUAUAAGGGGUGUGAAAGAAGAUGGAGAAAUGACAGAAUAACUAUUUUGGACUGUGUUAAUAAAUUUAGCUGUUAGGUUUUGUGUUUUUGUUUUUAUAUGAGAGACUUUGUACAUAACUGCGUUGGCCAUUCUUCAGCGAGUACUAAGUGCAGCCAGUAGGAUAAAACUACAGCAUUAAUUUAGGGCUCAUCCACACUUUUUGCCCUGUGCUUUCAAGGCACAAGUCUGUGUUUUAAACCUCUGUGCCCAAGCACUUCCCUCCCCCCACCUCUUUCCACAGGAAAACCUGCUCUUUAACAUUGAAUCGGAAUUAAUGGAAAUUUGGGUUUUCAACUAAUUGCCAUUUGAUUCGAUUCAGCAGUAAAAAGUUGGUUUUUAUGGGGAAAGUGCUGGGAGGUAAGGAGUAGAGCUUUAAGUGCGUACCUGUGUCUAGAAACCCGGCAGAAAAGAAAGUAUGGAUGAGCCCGUAGAAAUGCAUACCAGAACUAUUGGGAAAGGUACUUGACAGAGCAUCAGGCUUGGAAUUGAUCAUGACAGCAUGUUCCCCCCCCCCCCAACAAACCCUAAGCACAAAUCUUGAAGAAAGCUUUUCCAUAUUUAUCUUUUGCUGGUAUUUAGCACCCUUAAGGCUUAACAGGGUAGAGAGGAGAACAAAUAUACGCUGAAGGUGUAAAUUGUGAGCCACGCUGAUAUGUCUGGUAUUUUUGGUUCUGCCUGAAAAUUUAAGCCUUCUGCAGAGUCAUAAUAAAUUAAAUCAAACUUGCAACAGGAUAUGUCUCUUCUGAACACUCAUUAAUCUUGUCAUUUGGCUAUGCGUGAUUUGGUUAUGUCAACGGAUAUAGGAUUGUUACUUCAUUUAUUAGCAGUGGCACAUAUGGCAACUUGUUUUAACUGGGGGGAAGACUCAAGGACUCCUUUAUCAGACGAGUGGAUUUUGCAGGUCUGGGAAUUGGCAAAUACAUUCUAAUGUAAUGAUUAUAUGACAGUGAGGGAAGGUGGACAAUCUAAUGAUUUGUUUAUUGAAAAAUAGAAUUCUGCUUAUCCUGUACUGGUGCCAUAAAAUGUGACAAUUUCCAUCCGCAUUUAGGAACACCAUAAAAAUAUAUUGAAUGGAUUUACUACUGAGUAUUUGGGAAGAAUUUAUGGAUAACAGAAAGUUUUGUUUACUUAUAUUGCGAUAAUUAUUCAUCUGGCUAUUUUGUCUUUAUAAUUAUUUUGUUACAUCACCUUUUACUAUACUUUUCAUUGUAAUAAUAAUAAAAAUUUAAAGUAAAUUGGUAACUGGUAAGUAAAAAACAUGCCUGCGAGCGAGUGGAGUUAGGGAAUGUGCAUAUUCUGGAUAGGAUUGUAUUCCCUCCAAAGAUAUGGGUAUCCAGUCUGAGGAGACUCCUUGAUCCAUUUUCAUCACUGGAAGCCCAAGCAACCUCUGUGUCUAACGAGUGCCUUUUGCCUAUUUCAGCCAGUGCACCAGCAAUAACCAUUGGCUACUAAAGCCUGGCCACAGUACAUUAGCAACCUCAAGACUAGGCUACUGCAAAUGAGUUUUGUGUGGGGUUGCCCUUAAGACUGGCCCAGAAGCUGCAAUUGGUGCACAGUGCAGUGGUUGAGUUGCUAAGUGGGCCAUCCUGUUGUGCAUGCGUAGGCAAACUAAGGCCCGGGGGCCAGAUCCAGCCCAAUCGCCUUCUAAAUCCAGCCCACGGACGGUCCGGGAAUCAACGUGUUUUUACAUGAGUAGAAUGUGUGAUUUUAUUUAAAAUGCAUCUCUGGGUUAUUUGUGGGGCAUAGGAAUUCAUUCAUUAUUUUUUUCCAAAAUGUAGCCCGGCCCCCCACAAGGUCUGAGGGACAGUGGAACAGCCCCCUGCUGAAAAAGUUUGCUGACCCCUGCAAGUAUUGCACGUAUAUAUGACUCCUGCCUUAAAAAAAAUUUGCAUUAGCUGCCAAGCUAGUCUGAAAAGGCUUCAUAUGCAAGAGCUGUUGCAGGAGAAGUCCUCGCCACGACCCAAGGCACUGUGAAACUAGGUAUAUAUUUACAAGGGGCUUUAGGCAGUUGUGCCUUGAACAGUAGUCCCGUAUGAGAAAUCACACAUUUUUAAAAAAAAUGGUGGGGGAGGGGAGAGAAUUGGGACUUGUACUGUGCCUGCUACCGUAUUUUUCGCCCUAUAAGACGCACCAGACCAUAAGACGCACCUAGUUUUUGGAGGAGGAAAACAAGAAAAAAAAUAUUUUGAAUCCCAGAAGCCAGAACAGCAAGAGGGAUCGCUGCUCAGCGAAAGCAGUGAUCCCUCUUGCUGUUCUGGCUUCUGGGAUAGCUGCGCAGCCUGCAUUCUCUCCAUAAGACACAUACACAUUUCCCCUUACUUUUUAGGAGGGAAAAAGUGCGUCUUAUAGAGCAAAAAAUAUGGUAAUUGCUGCUUGCUUGCUUGCUUGUCUCCUCAAUUUUAAAGCAGAAUUUUUUGUUUAAAAGUUGGAAAAAGCUGCUCUUGGGUGGAGGUGGGUAAACUUGCCACUCAUUUGAAUACACAGCUGUUUCCCCAUAUGCUUCAUCCUGGAAAGAAGGCUUAAACAUAUAAAUAAAUAGCCUUUGGAAGACCGAUUGGCAGGAGUAGCAGUCCAAAACAUCUAGAGGGUAACAUGUUGACAAAUGCCGAAUGAAAGCAUGUUUAUUUCCCCUUUUGCAGUAGACUUCCUCCUAUGUAUGCACUAUGAGUGUAUGCACUAUGUAUGCACUAUGAGAAGGCAGGCUCCUCUUGAUCCCGGCCCAAGUAUGUUACUUGCUUAAUACAGGUUGUGGAUUGCAAGAGCAGAUCACAGUGUCCCAGUUCAGACACAACUGCCACAGAAGGACUUCCAGAAAUGAGUAGUGUGUGCUAAUGUAAGACUUAAGCAAAAGUCCCUGAGGUCUUGUGGCUUGUGGCUUUAGUUUUAGUUUUGCUCUUGUGGAAAGACAUGGUAAAAUGUAGAAGUGACUAUUCAUUCUUUUUAUCACAUGAGCUAAGUCUUGUGAAUGGAGAUCCAUUAGCCUGAGUUUUAAGCUUAUUUUCAAGACUCCUGAUUAAGCAAGAUAAAAAGGAAGUGCUGUUUUGUGUAAAUGAGUGGUUUCAGCUCGAUUUUGAAUUAGAAAUUUGUUUCCUCUAAAGCAGAAUAAUAUGUUCAAGCUUGUGCCGGUGUGCAAGUCUAGGGACUGGGGGUUCAAAUCACAGGCCGCCAGAAGUUGAUGAACAUCUGAGGCUAACUAGAAAAACAGGAAAAGUCACAGAAAAUAGCUGCAGUGCUUGUGUCUACCCACUAACCUUUCCCCAGUUGUUUUAAAAGAGUAUGUCUUGAAGAUACUUUGUCCACUUUUCAAAACGUAUAAACAACAUCACCAGAGUAGGAGGUAACAAAACAAACAAACAAAUUCCCCAAAGAAAAUUAUAAAGUUGCAAAUUAAAAUGGCUAAAAAUGAAAAACACAGAAGCGGGAUAAAAUCCAGAUCUAAAAGCAGCAGGAUGGAAUCACUUGGUAUAAUUUCUAGGCACUGACAUGAAAUCAGCUGGGUAAAUAAAAUAGUCUUGGCAUGACAGUUGAGAGGAAUGGUGCCAAGUGGGUCUCUGUAUCCAAUAAUAAUAUCAUGGAGGCCCAAAUGUCCACUUGGCCAUUAAGGCUUCUGGGUGCCCUUGACAAGUCAUCCGUGGUGGUGGACUGGUGAUAAGUGGACUGAAGAUGGUGGAGCAUUAAAGUCUUAAUCUCAGGGCCAUGGGUUUCAGCCCCAUGUUGGCAAAAAGAUUCCUGCAUUGCAGGAGGUUGGAGUAGAUGGCCCGUGGUCCCAUGAUGCACAACCACCCUAGGAAGAAGCACCUGUAGCAAAGAACCCAAACAUCGGGUCCCUUGCUUCCCUGCAAGGAAGCUGGGAGGCAAGCACUUGCAGUGCAAAUUAAGUUACUUCCAGUGCAAAGCUUGCCAGGACAAUCGUAGAAGGGCACUGUCUUGACUGUGAGCAGAAGAAUCACAAGCCUCCAACUGUAAAUCUAAAAUGAGAAACAGAAGAGACUAGCAAAAUUAGACGGGGAUAUGAGUUUUAAAGCUACAGUGGUGCCCCGCAAGAGGAAUGCCUCGCAAGACGAAAAACUCGCUAGACGAAAGAGUUUUCCGUUUUUUGAGUCGUUCUGCAAGACGAAUUUCCCUAUGGGCUUGCUUCGCAAGACGAAACGUCUUGCGAGUUUGUUUCCUUUUUCUUAAAGCCGCUAAGCCGUUAAUAGCCUCUAAGCCGUUAAUAGCCGCUAAGCCGCUAAUAGCCGUGCUUCGCAAGACGAAAAAACCGCAAGACGAAGAGACUCGCGGAACGGAUUAAUUUCGUCUUGCGAGGGACCACUGUAUGUCAAACGGCUCCCCAAGUCUGCUUAGAUUAGGUAGCAGAAGGUGUUGAAAGGAUACUGAGGUAGAAGGGGUUUCCUUUCAGAUAUUGUUAGCAACAUAGUGUGCAUGUCUCCAAGUCAAGUGGAGCUCUUAAGUUUAGUUUAUGCAAUUUCUUAGAUGUCAUUUCCAAAACAAGACUCAUGGCAUUGCAGAGCAGUUAAAAUGCACUAAAGUUCAAAACAGUGCAACCCCACCCCCAUCCCAACACACUAACACACCAGGGAUAACAUGAGUGGAGGCCAGUACAGUGGUACCUCUAGUUAUGAACUUAAUUCAUUCUGGAGGUCCAUUCUUAACCUGAGACUGUUCUUAACUAGAGGUGUGUUUUCGCUAAUGGGGCCUCUUGCUGCCGCUGCGCCGCCAGCACACUAUUUCCAUUCUCAUCCUGGGGCAAAGUUCUCAACUCGAGGUAACUCUUCCAGGUUAGUGGAGUUUGUAACCUGAAGCGUUUGUAACCUGAGGCGUUUGUAACUCGAGGUACCACUGUAUGUAUGAAAUCAGCCCCUUGUAUCACAUUUUAUGCAAAUUCCUGACUUGCUUGAAUUCAGUUCAGUGGAUUCAUGUGUGUGGCUAAGAAAAUGGUAGCCUGGAGAGAAGAACAAGCUGCACAUGACUCUGGCCCUGAAAUUUCUCUGCUAGACACAAAUAAGUCAAAUAACUUACAGAACAUUUUAGCAGUUAGUUCAAGUCUCUUAAAAGGAACCGGGAAGAAGCACGCACCAGAGGUUACAACACCUCCCUCUGUAUAAAUUGGGUCAUUCCUCUAACUGUUUGUGUUACUUCAGAUGAUGAAUGGCCUUUAAAAUUUCAUAAGGCAGAAGAGAUGAUAGAAGUGUGGUGUGGCAGGUCUGCCAGUUCAAGAGGUUUCAAUGUGUUUAAAACCUGUGCUAGUUGUUAGUUGUUGGCAGAGCAGAAUAAUGUGAGAGCUUGCUUCAGCAUGGGCUGUAAAAUGCCACACAGUAUUGUGCAGAGAUGUUAGGCUGGCUUUGUAGCCUUGGCUGCUUUCCAGACAAACUUGUGGCAAGCAGAUGGGAAAGGAGGGAAGAAAUGAGAGAAGAAGGUGCUGUCACACCACUUGCUAUGUUGUAACUGUUUCUCAUUGGGGCAGACUAUCUUUCAGUCAGGGUCUGGCUAAAACAAGCAGGUAAGUUAUGGUGGCUUCUUCUUCUUCUUCUUUGAAUUGAAUUGAAUUGAAUUUAUAUACCACCCUAUACCUGAGGGUCUCAGGGCAGUUCACAGAAUAAAAUCAAGAUAUAAAACCACAAAAUACCUAAUAAAAAUAAAAACAACAACCCAAUAGCCCCUUCCCCCCCAAAAAAAACCAAAAUUUAAAAUGGCAUAGGAUGUAAAUCAGAUCAACCAAAGGCCUGGUUAAAAAGGAGCGUUUUUGCCUGGCGCCUAAACGUGUAUAAUGAAGGCACCAGGCGAACUUCCCUGGGGAGACCAUUCCACAGACGGGGAGCCACCUCAGAGAAGGCCUGUUCUCGUGUUGCCACCCUCCAGGCCUCUUGAGGAGGAGGCACACGAAGGAAGGCCUCAGAAGAUGAUCUUGGGGUCCGGGUAGGUUCAUAUGGAAAGAGGCGGUCCUUGAGGUGUUUCGGUCCUUAGCCGUUUAAAACAAAAGGAAAUUGUAUACUUUGCUUGUAGUCAGUGGUGAUCAGUUGGGGUUUCCAGUAUGCAACUUGUUGCCAUUUGUUUUUGCAAAUAUAGAAACCUCCAUUCAUUUCUCCACACUUGGAUUCCAUACAUGGAGAACCACUGAACAGGGCGGAAGUGUACAUACUAUAUGAAGCGUUGAAACCCCUAAGACAAGGCAAGGUGACUGUUGAAACUGGUUUUGAGCAAUCAUCUCUUCAGAACUGACAAGUGCAUUAUGUCUUCCUUCUGUUAAAGGAAGUGAAUUUUCAGUAUCCAGAGCUGUUUUAAUUUUAGAUCAACUUUUACCCUUAGGAUGACGGGAGAAGCAAUUAAAAAUAUAUCUAAAACCAACUAUAGCCUUUUUAAAAAACAUACAAUGGAACAUACAUUUCAGGGGGCUAAAACCGGUUUGUGACUUCCUAACACACUUCUAUAAAUAUACAUAUAGCCCCAUCAAACAUUGUUUGGUAGAAGCUCAACUUUACCAUGUACCUGCAGCAUGGGAAAUGUUGGAGAAGUGCCCAAGAUGUAAGCAGGAUGUGGUUCACCAGAACUUGUAAAAGAAGCAUGAAUGGUUUGGGGAAAGAAUAAUGAAGGUUCAGAAGGCAACAGUCACAGAAGAGAAGUGAGCUGACAUGCAUGGAAUAGGCAUUCAAGACUGAAGGGUUCCGGCCUUGGAUGGGGAUCUGUUUUUUACUUUUUCAGGUGCAGUAGCAGUAAUUGGAUUCAGCAACUAGAAAUAGUGGACCAGUGGUAGGGAACUUGUUGCCCUGGAUGUUGUUGAACUCUGCUUCCAUCAGCUCUAGCCAGCAUGACAACGGUUGGGCCUGAAAGGAAAUAGCAAUCCAGCAACAACUGGAGGGCCACAAGUCCUCCACCACUGGAGUAGAUGGGUGGUCUCAUCCUACUUACAAGUCACACCCUACUAAUCCUAUUGUGUGCAAGCUAAAGAAACUUUGAGGUCCUGACUUUUCAGUUCUGUGUUGUGCUUGGCGGAAGACCAUGUUAAAGGGUUUCUGUCAUGUUAAACUUCAAAACUUUUGCCCAGUUUUGAACACCUACAAUCUAACAAGGAUAAGAGUAAGCUCUUGUUACUAUAAAUUUUGACAGAAUUUGCCUGCACCCUCACCAUUACCUCAUUGACUUGUAUAAAUAUCCCUGGCUUCAUCCAACUACUGGUGGAAGAUGCUAGUUUUAUUACCAUUGUCCUAGGAUUAAUUCAUGGUAAGUAAGAGCAGAUAUGUCCAUUAGAUAUGGUAGACGUUCUGAAGACUAAUUAGGCUUGCACAAUGCUGGUGUAUGUGCAGAGUUCCAGUUAAAGUAAGCUUCUUGGUAACAGUACUUGCUGCUGGAGUUGAUGCCCACAUGAGUAGUGUUUUAACAGGCACUCUGUGCAAUAACUAAGUUUGUGAAUUGGGAAUUCCACUUUUCUCAAAGAUGUGAUGCUGCAGAGAAUACCAAAGGAUUCAUGGGGCAAGGUGUUUUGUGUGUUUGCCCUUGACUUGAUCUAGGGAUGGAUUAAGGUAUAUUCUAGAACUGGUGUCAGCUUCACUUUAGCUGAUGGACCUAGUUUCAGCAGACUACAGAAUGCUGCGUUGUAGCCAGGUAUGUGUGACUUCAUGGGAAGCUGAAAAUUGCACUGAUUUUCUGGCACUGGAUCCAUCAUCUUCAAAUGUUUGAUGCUAGCACCUGAAGUAUAGUUUUAUAAUGAGUUUAGUGAGAGGCUUUUAUGUCAUUAACCUGGCUGGUUAAUAUUACAACAGUGCCUACAUGAACAAAUUACAAGAUAAAAUGUGGAAUAAUGAUCCGAUUUUUCAUUACUGUGCUGACCCCAGUACCAUAGAAACAGCCUCCCCGUGCCCUGUUUAAUUCUAUUGCAAUUUUUAAGAUCAGCAUGCAUAAUCCUCUUUUUGACUGUGUGCUUUGUCUCUACAAAAGAUAAAAGCCUUCCAUGCAAGUUAUCCAAGAUAACUUGGAUAGUUUAUAAUUAUACAGGUUUUUACAAACUUGGCAUAUGUGGUCAGAAGGGGCGAAAGGGAGGACUGGUUGAUAUAGCGUCUUGCAUUGUUGCAAAAAUCAGUUAAUGUGGGGAGGAGGGGAAGAAAAACCUUUCAUAAUAGGAAGUCAUGUGGAGCCCAUAACCCAAAAUUGCUGGGGCUACUGCCUCCCUAAAUCGACUCAGUCAAAGCAAUUCUCUGGCAGUGGAAGAAAGGUGUGUUCUAAGUCCUAGCCCAAUGUCUUGGUUAAGCAGCCUUCUCUCAACAGGCCAAAAGCGAAUUAAAUCCCCACACACACCUUAAGUGGUGCUGUAAGAAUUCUAAACAUAGUAGCCAUGUUAGCAGAAUUGUUCUUUAAAACACACAUGCAAUAGUUGUUCAUAGUACUACCCAUGAAAAGUUGGUUUGUGUGGGCUGGCCAUCCUAUCAUGUGACAAUGUUGGCCCGAAAACAAGAAGCAGAACUAGAUGGACCAUUGCCCUGAUCCAGCAGGCUCUUCUUAUGUUCUUAAAUGAUAGAGUUUCAUAUUGUACCAUAAUCAGGAGUCUGAGCUGUUCAUGGUAUGUCAGCUAAUUCAGAUGCCAACUCUGUCUACCAACAACUUGCCCAACCUUUCUGUCAACAUCUUCUGGCCUAACUGUGAGCUAUUAAUGUUUUAACUGAAGUCCCUGGCACAAAUUUAUUUGCUAAUUUUGUGGUGAAGUGGUUAAACUCUGGAAGGGAAGUCCUUGGGCAGGGAGACGGAUGGACCUUUUUCUGUUGCUAGGUGGGUGAGUGUUGCAGUGGGUGAAACCAGCACCAUGUGGUUUUGAUUGAUUGAUCCGGAAUAAAAUACCACCUGCUUCAGUUUGCAACAUGACCACCUCUGAUUACAGUUCCCAGUACCAUACAGAUUUCAUUGGAAGUAAGCCCGAUUUGUUUUCGUAGGACCCCCUCAAAAAGUCCACAGAGGGUUUUGUACAACAUUCCAAUACAGCUACUGUUCUGGAGGUUAAGUUAAAGUCAUUCCUUUCUGACUUUAGUGUGCUAUAUACAAAUGCACACACCGACAUAUAUAAUCAUAGUAAGCAGUUAAGUGGCAGAAGACUAACAAUUGUUCCCAGACAGCCAGGGGCAGAGGAACAUGCCUUUUCCCUAACCAAUACAUCCAGGAUUAAAAAAGAUAAAAACCCUGUUAACUUUUAUUCUCUUCCUUUCUAUGUGAAAUGUGGGAGGAUGCAGUUAGGAAGUCAGGAAAAACUUAAGAAGAAACAGGAAGGGAGGAACUCUGGCAUGGAAGAACAGGGUAGCUUCAGAAGGUUGCAGAGGACAUACAAAAUGAUGUCAGGGACUUCAGGUUGGCCACCUUGGCAUGUGCUCUAGUGGGAUCUUUAAAAACUCGCUCCUCCUUUCUACCUUGCUUGUACACAGGGUCAUUAGGCAGAUGACCUCCAGCACUUGACAAGGGAUCUCAAUCUCCUGUUAUUUGAAAGACGUCCUAGCAUUCUUAGUACUUACUCAAUGCUUGACCGUUAAACAACUAGAAUUCUUUUAACGUUAUUAUCAAUGUGUAAAUGUUAGUUUAAUCCCUUGGAAAUAGGGUACCUGAAUUUUGCAAUAAAACGUGCACACCUUCAGCCAUGAAUGAUGGCUUUUGCUUGAACGACUAAUCCACUGUUAAGCUGAGUAAAGCUAUUGCUGUGGGGAUUAGCUUGAAGGUACAUGUGGCCAGGGUGUGUCUGUGUCUCAAGCCUACUUUGCAACAACAAGGGGUUGGGCCAAAGGUUAUCUGAAACAAGAAUGGGUCCACCAACAUCUCAGGACACGCACACACCCCUGUGCAGACAUCCUAGGCUCUAGGAACAUAGGAAAUGUCUUGCAUACAAGCAGAAGAGCUUGCUCAUCAGGCCAAUGGCUCAUCUAGUCCAGCAUCCUGUUCUCACAGUGGCCAACUACAUUUAUAUUUAAAGCCUGAAAACAGAACCUGAGUGCAACAGCACUCCCCACUUACAAUUCCCAGAGUCAAACCACUGGUCUGUCUAGCUCAGUAUUGCCUACACUGAUAGGCAGCCACUCUCCAGGGUUUCAGACAGUGGAAAUUCCCAGAUCUAUAUGGAGAUGCUGAUGACUGAACGCGACACUUUCUGCAUGCAAAGCACCAACUUAUGGCACUUCCUCCAGGCUCUAGUGCAUGUCUGUGAUGUCCUCUACCUAUCCCAGACUUCUGCAGGACUCUGUUCACCAUAGAUGGACACUGUGUUGAGGACCCUGUACAAAUCAUAUUCUUCACUCUUCCAGUUGACCCUUCCAGAGUGCCUGAUCUGUGCUGUGCAGGCCAAUGGUGUUUGGCCAGAUCAAUUGUUUACUGUUGGAUUCCCUAAAUUCUCAAAGUCUUGUGCAGGCAGGCUUCAUUAUUUCACUCAUCUCUAGCUCUUCUGAGUGCUAGCUCAAUUGGACAUACAUUUUGCCAUAUUCACAUGAUCGGCUGCCAGCUGCCACAUAACCUGAUUAUCAGUAUUGAACAACCCCUUUUUGCUUUGGCUACUUUAAGAAAACAGUGCCUAGUGCUUCCCUUCGUAACAUUUGCCCCCUUGUCUUUCAGGUCAAGAACGUUUUGGCAACAUGACCAGAGUGUACUAUAAAGAAGCUGUCGGUGCUUUUGUAGUAUUUGAUGUCACAAGAGGCUCAACAUUUGAGGCAGUUUCCAAGUGGAAACAUGACUUGGACAGCAAAGUGCUUCUCCCAAAUGGCAGCCCAAUCCCUGCAGUUCUAAUUGCCAACAAAUGUGACCAAAAGAAAGACAGUGGCCAAAAUCCUUCUCAGAUGGACCAGUUCUGCAAAGAAGGUGGUUUUGCUGGGUGGUUUGAAACCUCUGCAAAGGUAAGAAUAUUCUUAAACCAGGGUAAGCUUUAAAGCUUAUGUGUACAUAUGUGAAAAACAAAAGCUGUGCAAAGGCACACUUACAAAUUGAAUCACAAAAGUUUCUGGCCUAAAUAAAUGUUUGUUAUCUGAUUUCUUUCAUAUAUCUGUCUGAUUUUGUCUCAGAUACAGUUUUGAGGAGCAGCUAUUAUUAUUAUUAUUAUUAUUUCAAUUAUUAUUAGUAUGAUUACUUUCUUGUGACAAAUUCUGUUACAAAAGAGAAAAUUCAAAUACAGCUCUAAAAUAUGACAUAAUAAAUUUGAAAAAAUUGUCGCACAAUGUGUAUUCACCAUCACCCUUACCACGGAAGUCAGUCUGUGUUUGAUCAUGUUAGAAGCCAAAUGUCUCAGAGCUUAUUGCCUACCCUUUCUUAAUUUUGAUGUGGUUUGGAUUUGGAUUUGAUAUCCCGCUCUAUCACUAUCCUAAGGAGUCUCAAAGCGGCUAACAUUCUCCUUUCCCUUCCUCCCCCACAACAAACACUCUGUGAGGUGAGUGGGGCUGAGAGACUUCAAAGAAGUGUGACUAGCCCAAGGUCACCCAGCAGCUGCAUGUGGAGGAGCGGAGACGCGAACCUGGUUCCCCAGAUUACGAGUCUACCGCUCUUAACCACUACACCACACUGGUUCUUAAUUUAGUGUAAAUAAAUCUUCUUGCCAUGUAAUUAUGUGGUAUAUGAUACUUAUUUGUUUUAGUCAUAUGGACGGUGAAGCAUUAAAAUCCAGGAAAUGAAACUUUAUAGACCAUAAACUUUAUAGUUAAUGGCUGUGCUUUUGAUCUAAAGAGUACAUCGCCUGAAACAGUAACGGCUUCUAGGAAGCUCAGACACAUGUGACUCUUAAAAGAAAUGGCAGCCCCACUGCUUCUUGCUUUGAGCAAACAUUUGAAUAACUAGAAUCACAACCCAUAUCUCAUGAUAAAUGUGUAAGGAAGCAUAGCUCAUUGGCAGAACAUUUGACUAUAAGUUCCAGUUCAGUUCUGGGCGUUCACUCAAUAGUGGUUCUUGAAAGGAAGAAGUGUAGCUCAGUAACUACUGUAAGUACCGGUAUAUCCUUGAUGUUUUAAGGGGGCCCAAGUUCUAAGUUUCAUGUAUCUCUGCUGCCACACAUAGCUGACUAACUGGGGCAAAAUUGCAGAUGGGAGCUAGUAUAAUUUCAUCCUUCUGAAAAUCACGCAUUCAGGUGCAGAUGUUGUCCAUCAGUAGCAUAUUACUUUUGACAAGGAAUGGGCAUUCAGGUCUAAAUAGGCACCCACAUUCUGCCCCAACUACUUAAUUGAACCACACAUAUGUAGAUGCGGAGAAAUCUUGCCCCAUAGCAAUGGUGGGCAAUGGAACUGCUUGUACAGCAAGAUAGAGAGAUGUGAAUAAGGCACUAGGAAGUAAUCUUGAUUGAUGUCAAAUCUCAACAUGUUCACUGUCUGAUCCCUGCUUAGCUAGGCUCAUGCGGGGGAGAAGCAAGCUCUGAAAAUGGUAGCGAAUGCUGCUGCAGGAGUGUAUCUGUGAUGCCAAAGCAGGCAAAAAAGAGAAGAAGACAGGAAACUAAAUUAAAAGCUUUUUAAUGCAGCUUUUUCUAUCCACCUGAAGAUCAUUUUUCUGUGUAGAAAAUGAAAUUCAACAUGGCACUGGUUUUGCACUGGCUUUAGGAAGGUAAAGUUGCAGACUUUAACCUUAAACCAAUUGCAUGGAAGCUGAAAUAACAGUCACAAAGUGCUUUGCUUGUAAACUUUAGUUCUGAACAGUUUUCCUAAAUGUUUUGAAUCAUUGUAUCAAAACACCUUUUACACAUAUACAGCAAGUCUUCAACUUACGCAGGGGUUACGUUCAGGGAUCGUACCUAAAGCCAAAAUAGUGUAUUGUCAAAACCCAUUGAGUUCAUUGGUGGAUGGGAUUGCUGAAGUCUUUUUUUCCUGGAUGCCCACCCCCUUUUUGCCCCCUUUUAAUUUUUUUUAGAAAAGGUUUGCCGAGCAUGUAAAGCUGAAUGUGCAUUAAGUUGUGGGCUUGUUGUACAAGGCUUGCAUGCUUAAGAGGUGGCGUUCUUAGAUUCUUCUACACACGAAAGCAUUAACUUAUCUCCUAUGGUUUCCUCCACAGGAUAAUAUCAACAUAGAUGAAGCUGCUCGGUUCUUGGUAGAAAACAUCCUUGCAAAUCUCAAAGCCUUUCCUAGUGAAGAGAAUGAUGUCGGGAGACUAAAACUGGAACCGGGUCCUCUGACAGCAGAAAGCAAACCUCAGUGCUGUUAGUUACAUCCAGUCUUGCAGUGACACACUAUGUCAGAGCAGCGAGAUUCCUGCUCCUCAUGUUGGACUGCUGCUAUGGUGCUUCAUCACGACAAUCCUAAUGAGGAAUUGUGUUUUGUAGAGUUGAUCACACUCCAGGCGUUUACACACUUUUUUUCCUUGUUGGGUAGGACUUCAAAUUGCCUUCUACACUAUAUCAUUGUCUGGUUGUGAACCAUUUAGCACAGUUGAAAGCUGCCUCCAAUACGAAAAGGCAGUAUUUAUCCUACAAGUCAAGGGUCAGUAUGAGUGACUCAAUCCCAAUAUUUAUCUUUCACAGUGCAAUUUCAGAACUAGAAUAGGAACAUCUGUCUAUGAGUGAAAUUGUUCAUUUUGAUAAGUGCUAUUAUUGUUUGCUUAUAUCCCCUUUAAUGCAUACAAAAUCCUGUAGCUGCCUCCUUUUGCUUUUCCCAUAAUGUCUCCUCCAUUCGUCUUGAGCACCAGGGCCACCAAGCCUUUAGGGACACUUGGCACCCAAGAACACUUCAUUUCUGAAUAGCACAGGACUGAUAUUAAGCAAUGGUAAUCUUAAACUCUAUUGCUUGGAAAGUCGGGAUAGGAAGAUUAUGCUGUUUGAAAGGGAGUGAUAAGGAUAAGUCAGUGCUGUCCCAUCUGACCAAUGAGUAACAGUCCAUUUCUGACUCAGAUAAUGGAAAGAAACAUUCCAGUACACUUGCAUACAUUGCAUCUGUGCACAAUUAAACUUUUAAGGAAAAUCUCCCUUCUUGCACAAGCACAAUUCUUUCUGUAUGUUCUUAUGGUAUCUGAUGGGUUAAAAAUGAAUAAUGUGCCUGAUUAAACUGUCUCAAGAAUUUUUUUAAAAAUGAAAUCAGAUUGCAGCACAGAACUGUCAACUUCGAUCUAUUAACUGAUAGGUGUACGAGUAGAGACCUCUUCUUAAUCAUGCUAUAUUUAUAGUACUGUAUUUUUCUACUUUUACUGUUCUACACAAGGAGUCACACUUGAUUCAAGUCUUGCACAAGAACAAUUUGCAAAUGUGGAAUAUAUUAUUGGUUUUAUUACCAUUGCUAUCUGCUAAAGCUGUGUGUGCAAAAAUAAGAAGUCUGAAGUAUCUGUACAAAAACUGCCUUUUUCUUAUGGUGUGUGUGAGAUGGGGUGACUUCUGUAAAAUAUUUAACGCAUUGCAUAUUACAAUCUUAAAACCUGUCAAUCCUGUUUUCUGCACCUUACACCUAUAUAACAUAGCAUGCCAGCCACUAGACAUCUUGAAGUACUUUUGACCUCGUAUUUCUGAAGGCUUAAACUGGGUCACAAAUCUAUUUAUGUGACCAAAUAUGUUUUGAUAUGAUUUAAAAUACCAGGCAAAUAUUUUUAUGAUGUAAAUGCACAAGCCUGGAGUUUUUAGAAGGUAUGUUCAGGCACUUUGUCAAGAAUCCAAAGAGAGCAUCUCAUGUUCCUAGACUUCUGUUCUAGGCUUGCACUAAUUUUGUUGAAUUCCACAAAAGUCAAAGCCCCUUUUAAUCCUGAAUCCCCUAACCGUUGUGGUUUUCAUUUAGUUUUCUAAAAUAAAUAAAAACAUUUGGAAUAGAUUUUAAUACACAUGAAGUGCAAACUCUAAAUGUGAGCUUGAGUAACUCAUUGUUUUUAAAAAAUCAAAAUACGAUUCCUAAUGCUAAAUGUAAUGGUAAAGCAUCCUAUAGCCACCUUCUGCUCCCCAAACUUGCUGCAUUGGAUGUGGAGGGGGUGGGUAAUUGUGUUUACAUUAACAGAUGUGUGCAAAUGAACAUGUUUAUAAAACCUCAUUGGAGAUGCAGUCUGCUAGCCGCCAGCACUUCUGAGUAGAGCAAUAGACAAGAGACAUUCUUUGGGGGCUCGUCUUUGCCAGGCUUUCAGUGUUCUGCUUAACAUGGCAGUCCUUUGAGCAGAAGUAAUCUCUGCUUGUAAGGAAACAAUCUUAUGCACAGGUCAGCAAGAUGGAUAACAUCACACUACUUGUUGAUACUUGUCCAAUGUGAUAUCAGUUUACAAGAAGAAGAAGAAAGGGUUUUGUAUACUUACCGUGAGUUCAUGCUGUCCUUGAGAAAGCAUUGGACCACUUUUUCUUAAGAAGGAACUCUAACUUCUGCAGAUUUUUAAUUAAACAGUUGUUAAAUCUUAUCCUUCCAGUUACACGUUUUUGAAUAUUUCUUCCCAAAAUCUAAGUGAGAAGUUUACAUUGCAGUUUGACAGUGGGUGUUUAGAGCUCUGAUAUCAGCAAGCUCCUCUGAUCGCUUAUAGAAUUCUUAGAACAUUCAAAAGCUAAACUUCAUUGCAGCAUAUAAAAAUAGGCUGAAUACAUAUCACAUGAUUUGUGCUAUGUAAUGGUGAAGCACCCUAUAGCCACUAGAAAUGUACCAAAGGUGGGGAAAAAGACAUCUGCUAGCUUGGUGAUAGUAACAAGGCAUUAAUUCAUGCUUACCAAAUAUUUAUUGGUGUGCACAUUUAGCUAUUCAAAGCACAUUACUGUUGAUAGGGGGUCUUCCAUGGAUAUUGUAUUGUUCUAAAUGGGAGCAAAGCACUUGCAUAAAGGGGCAUGGUGGUGCAUUUUGGCAUAGGGGCCAUAGAGUACUCAGUGUUGCACCUCAGUCUAUCUGUAUAGUACAGAAUGUGGUAUUAGCUGUAGAACUCAGCUUAAUUUAAGAAAACAAACAAACCUUUUGUGCCUCUUAAACUAGCUUAAAGCAUGUAGGCAAUGCUUGGUGGAGCUCAAAAGCCAGAGGCAGUAUUAUAUGUAAUCUCUAGUUUGGGGGGGAAGGGAAGCAUUAGUGCCUGCUGUUCUCUGUGAGUAGCAGAAAGAAUGUUGUAAAGUAAGUUGUUGAUAGCUCCACCUCCUUUCUAUAUCUUUUAACCUUAGCAGCAUAAUUGUAUAACUUGACUUCCAUGCAUGGCUCUUGAGAAGUCACUGUUGUCCAGAGAAGACAAGUCCAGCAGCAGUGACCCCCUUUCUCCCUUUGAAGUUCAUUCAACUCCUGUCUUAUAAUUGUCACUCUUAAAUUUGAAGGGUAAAUGAAAUGUGGUUUAUUCCCUGGCUUAAUUUCAUGUUUUUCUCAAACUGCACAGUGACCUUACUGCUCCCUGAUGAGCGACUGAAGGGCUGAUGCCUCCCAGUGUAGAAUAUUUAGUUAAAAUCCCGACACUAUAAGGCCUGGGAAAGAUCUCUGCUAUGUGCUUGGACAGCUGCUGCCAGUCAAAGUAAACAGUACUAGGCAAAGUGGAAUGAUGGUCCUGGUGUGUGAAGCCUUUGUAUUUGUAUUUCUAAGCUAAUAUUCUCCCUUAAUAGCCUUGUUGUGAGGUUAAUUUUGACAUGCUUGCCAGGGCUAAUGAUAGUUACAGUCCCAAGACACCAGAACGGCCAGGAUGGAGUAGGCUGGCCUAAUUCGAGGGUUUCCUGAAUGAUGGACAAGAACCAUGUUCUGGCUCUCCCCCCCCCCCCUUCAUUUUGCUGUGGUGUGUCCUCUAGUUGAAAUGAAGGAUUCUGUAACACUAUACAUACAUGUGUGUACAUGUACAAUCACUGUUGUUUUUCAUACGUCUGUGUUGUCCACUAGCUCUCCAGGAUUAAGAACAAUUUCUUCUCUUGGAAUAAUUUUUCUUCCUGAGAACUAGUUGUCUCAACUUGCUUCUGUGUCCUUUUCUUUGUUCCUAAUUUACUUGCUCCCACAUAAACAAUCCACCUUAAGUUUUUAACCAUACAUGGGGAUGGUCAAAAGUUAGUUAUGAAACUUUGGCCUUCCCCAAUCUUGAGUCUCCAAAUAUUGUUGGACUACAGCUGCCAUCAUCAUUCCUGGCCAUUGGCCUGCUGGCUAAGGAUGAUUGGAAAUUGUAGUCCAAAAAUAUCUGGUAACCCAAAAUUGGGGAAGGCUGACCUAAAGGAUCCUUGCCACAAUAAAGCUUGAGACCUAUUGUAUAUAUGAAAUGAGUAAACUGAGCCAGCAGGUAUAAAAUGAAUGCUUAGGCUAUAUCCAAACCGCUUGCUCACAGUAUAUAACCCAUGACAUACUGGCAACAGUUGGUGUCCUUGCAUCAUCCUAGUUGUUAACCCUAUUUGAGACUCUUGACUGCUUCUGUAUUUUUGGCUCCUGGUUGGAUGUGGCUUUUUAAAACCAAUCAAGUUCUAAAAUAUUUCCCACAUUAAGGGCAUAAUCUCCUGCCUAAGAGUUAUAUAGUGCACUCCAAUUCUUAUUGUUCAGUUUAGCUGUUUUCCUGCUUAGCAUAAGUGCAUAGGUGCAUGAGCAGGUAAUGAGACAAGGCAGUUUGGGGAAUGUGUAGCCUGCAUAUUCCUUCCACAUCCAGCCUGUGCCAUCCUCUGCAUCAACACUUAACUAGGAAGAUGGGUCUCCACUGAACCCUUUUGGAAUCCAACAUAUGUUGCCUGUGUCUAUUAGGCACUAGAAUAUGUAUUAUAUAUUUCUAAAUAUUUUUGGAAGAAAAUAGAUGUUGAUAGUUUUUCUACGUUGUACACCAAGUUUUUAAUACGAAAUCCAAUUGUUUGUGUGUGUAAAAGCAAAAGCAAUUGUCUACUUUGAUUUGCUCCAAUACAGUGCUCAGGAUCUGUUCUCUGUUCUCAUCCUUGCUUUUUUGACACUAUUUUUGUUUUCUAAAACUUUAAAGUGCUCUUUAUAUUUUGUAUAAAUAAAAUUUGUAGUCAAUA